AAACCGGUUAUAAUCGAUUUGCAUCGCUCAUCACUAAAAGGAAGACGUCAUAUCGCCUGUGCUGUCACUAUCUGUGGUAGGUGAUAAAAUUGAUAAGCACACAGUACUUGUUGAUUAAAAAUUGAAUCAAUAGCAAAACAAACGGAAACGCGGAGCGUACAGGGAAUUUCACAAAAUUGUUAUUAUGCAAGUUAAGGAUAUAUUUGUACCAAACUAUGCGGUCCAAGUUGUUAUCGUGUUCUUCUGUAUUAUCAGUUCCAUUGUAGGAAGAAAGUUUUCUGAUGAAGGCUAUUACCCUGGAGACUACUACAAUGACCAGCAAGCGCAGUACGCUAAAAUUAAAACUGCACUGGGAAAACUGGAACAUGCACCCCAGUAUGUCCCAAACUGGCCUAACCCCGACAUCAAACUUGGGCAAGUGUCCGGAGUAGCGCUGGAUCCAACUGGUCAGCUCCUAGUUUUCCACAGAGCAGACAACACCUGGGAUGAAACCACAUUCUCCAUGCGUAACGUGUACCAAAAAAUAGGAGAGCCGCCCAUUCCUCAUAAUACUGUGCUGGUCUUCAAUGACACAGGAGAGCUGGUUGAUAUGUGGGGGAAGAAUCUUUUCUACAUGCCCCAUGGAAUCACGGUGGACAAGCAGGGUAAUGUGUGGGUGACGGAUGUGGCGCUGCAUCAGGUCUUCAAGUUCACACCGCGGCAGAGGGAGCAGCCUGCCAUCGUGCUUGGGGAAAAGUUUGUACCAGGGAACGACGAACGCCACUUCUGCAAGCCGAGCGCCGUCGCCGUCCUCGACUCUGGCGAGUUCUUCGUGGCUGACGGCUAUUGUAACACACGAAUCAUGAAAUUUAGUCCUGAUGGGGAGUUACUACUGCAGUGGGGGAGCCAUUCCCGAUUCGCCUCCCCAUUCUCAUUCAACGUGCCGCAUGCCCUAACUCUGGCCGAAGACAGAGGCUUAGUUUGCGUGGCCGACAGAGAAAAUGGCCGAGUCGCCUGCUUCCGGUCUGAUAACGGGACCUAUGUCGCUGGGUUCAAGAACUGGCUUAUAGGGCCGAGGCUAUUUAGUGUUGCCUAUUCUCCAGUUAGAGGUGGCCGGCUCUACAUAGUCAACGGGCCGUCGGGCAACGUGCCCGUCCGGGGCUACGUCAUUGACUUCACUUCAGCUCGACUUAUUGGUACUUUCGCUCCUGAGGCAGAGUUCAGCAACCCACACGACGUAGUUACUACAGCUGAUGGCUCCAAGGUGUACGUCGCUGAGCUGAACCCGUUCAGAGUAUAUAAAUUCGAAGACGAUGUUUUGCGGAACGAAACGAAAAUUGAAAAGAAUAUGAGUGUGCCAGUCAAACCUACAACCACUAUUGCGCUCGGCGAGCAGAGCGCGGCGGUGCCGCUGGACGCGUGGGACUCGUGGCGCGGCGCGGCGGGCGGCGCGGCGGGCGCGGCGGGCGCGGCGCUGCUGGCCGUGGCGGCGCUGGCGCUGCUGCGCGCGAGGAACAAAGGUCGCAAAGGCGUGACGCGACGCCGCUGGGAGUACGGGCACGGCGAGUUCAAGCUACGCCGACUGCUCGAGCGACGGCGUUUCACCCGCGUCCACUCUGACGAUUCUGAUGAAGAACCGGCGCCAAUGCUGCCCCAGCCUCCUGCUAACGCGUGAUCACUUCGACUCGGCUUUGGAUUAUUGAUGCGAAUUGCUUGAAGGAAGGUAAUGUUCAAAAAAGAAAGAAUAGGGAAUCAGGGAAGAAAGGUCUUGUAUCAUUCCAGUCUUAUACCUCUCACGGCGACAGGUCCUUACCGUAUUUUUAUUUGAUUCUUCAAUGUUACAUUUCUAAAUAAAUGAACGCAGUAACACUACCUACUCCAUAUAAAAAUUAUCAUAAUUCCACGUCAGAGAAUUGAGUUAAACCAAGACAAGUCUGCAACGACUUUUAUAGUACACGCAAAGCACGUGUUAUUUUAAACGUCAAACUUCUAUGAAAUUAUGACGGUACAUCUUAGUGUAACUCUCUUUAAGUUACCUUUUUACCAAGUUAAAGGAUGACUAACAGCGAAGCAUAGAUUAUCUGUUACUAAACGGAACGGUUGUAAACUCGCCUAACAGAUGUGAGAGUCUUCUAUGUAGGUAUAUAUUUAUAUCUUUGUGUUUGAUUUAAUCAUAUAUUUCCUUUUGUAAGUUGCCUGUCGUACAAACUUAUUGUAAAGCGUUAGCGUAUUACACUUAUAUUAGGUUGAAAUAAUAACUUCGGUUAAAGUAUAAAGGCCAAAAAUAAUUAAGUUGUGUUUAUUUAAUUUCGUUAUAUUGAGUAAAUAUUAGUUUUAAAACUUGUAUCACAUCACCUCAUUAAUUGAGUAAUGUACUUAAACUACAGUUUAUAAAAAUCCAUAGUCGACAUUUAAAAUAUAUUAUUGACAAUAUUAUUGUUUAUUUUCAAUUUAUUUGAUCCAAGUUUAUAUUACAAGCUAAAUAACAUACAAUAAAUCAUUUCUAUAUUUUAAUAAGUUAUAAAAAAUUAAACAAUAGUGAUUAAAAAUGAUUUGUGUAAACUCGGUCAAAAGGUUAAACUCAGGUAACCCUGCAAUAGUAGGAAUUUUAGAUAUUUCAAUUUUCAAUAUUGGUGUAUAAAAAAUAAAAUCUAAAAACGAAUUAUAAUUAUUUGCCUUAUAUAUUGAAAUUUAGUUAUUUUCAAAUAUUUAAAAAUUCUAAAUUAGGUAUGAGGAUCAACUUGAAUGAAUUGAAUGAUAUAAAAUAGUAAAUGACCAUGUAUAUAGAAUCGAGAAUGUGAAUAGUAUAGAUACUGAUUGUAAAAUAAUCACUAAUCAUAUCAAAGCAAUUAUACCUCUCUAGAACCUUAUAUGUAAAGAUUUACCUCAUUAACACCAAUUACACUAGAUUUAGUAAAUGGAUACCUUCAGACGUAAGCAAUAGAAAUGAAACAAGAUCAUUAAAUAACAAUACAUAUAUUUUCCUCCCAUUCGACUUGAUCUUCACAAUAUGUACAACUCAUAUAAAGUAUAACUUAAUACCUACAAAAUAUUCUGAGCACAUACAACCCAAUGGCCGACUACCAUUUUUUAUUUAUUUGAAUAGCUCAAUUUCCAUUUGAGUAAUGUUGUUUAAAAGGUACACAAUUAUCAAUUCUGUCCGUCAAGUUCUCUUUCCUACGAUGAUGUGGUUUCGAGGUGACAGCUUUGGAUCGAAUACUGGAUGAAUCUCACAGGAUAAACCUUAAAAAAAAAACAAAUUAAAUAUUAUAGGACAUUCUUACACCGAUUCUAAGUCCCACAAUAAGCUCAAGAAGGCUUGUGUUGUGGGUACUUAGACAACGAUAUAUAUUAUAUACAAAUACCUAAAUACAUAGAAAACACCCGAGACUCAGGAGCAAAUAUCUGUGCUCAUCACACAAAUAAAUACCCUUACCGGGAUUCGAACCCAGGACCAACGGCUUCAUAGGCACGGUCACUCACUAGGCCAGACCGAUCGUCAAUUAGUUUGUGAAUUGUAUUUAUUUUGGUUUAUCAAGCACAUACAUAUGUCCUAAAUAAAGUUUUCACUUAAGGUAGACGUCGAAUUCUCGCCGUCACUGUCCCAUUACAUGAAUUGUCAUCUUUAAACUUUCGUCAUUAGCAACAGAGGGCACGUUAAACGUACAAAAAAAUAAAAAAAAUAUAAUAUCCGCGCAUCCGGGCACGCACUUCCAUCUCGCUUAUGUUCAGUGAGAGUAGAACACGAACUUACUGGGCCGUAACUCUUAGGUAAUUAGCAUGUCGAGCAUUGGGACGUUUGCCUUAUGUAAAUGUAGAAAUAAAGUGUCUUUAUUUUAGCACAUAAGUUGACUCCAUGUUCGAAGUUUUGACGCUAUUUCGAAAUGAGUUUGAACACAAAUGUUUACAAGAGUACUUAGUUCCUUUUAUCUACAUUGUUGAUAGUUCCUAGGAUAACAAGUUCCAACAUGCUUCAACGUUCCGGCCUAUUAAUAAGAAGUCAUAGGGGGUAACUUAUUUUAUAUGUUAUUAUUAUUAAUCUAGUCUACUUGUACCUAAAUCGUUUUGGAAAGUGCCAAAUUGUUAAUGCCAAAAAAACAUUGAUGUCCUUUAAUUUAUUUUUAAUACAUGGUCCCAUUGACAUAUAUCUAAGGAGGGACGGGACGGGAAUUCGUGAGUGACAUCGCUGAACUAGCACCAUCGUUAGUGCCCGUAAGACGCGUCCUUAGAUAUGUCAAUGGUCCGUAAUGUACAUUUUUUCUAUUAUACUAAAUGCAUUUCCACAAAAUUAUACUUAAUGUUAAUUUCAUUAAAAUCCAACUUUUGGGUUUUAUUUAGUUUAAUUUAUUAAAUCUUGUGGGAAAGUGCCAAAUAAUUGAGACUAAUCUGAGGAUAACCACAGCACGAAGGCUAUACUCCUCUAUACCCUAUAUGACGUUUAAUGUUAUAUCUUGCCUUUCCUAAGUAGACCGUCGUCGUCUCUGUCGUGUUAUGUAUUGUACAUAUUGAUUGUGUAAAUGUAAAAAUGUACUUAAGAUAAUAGAUGUCUUUAUUUUUUCCUUUAGUAUUAAAGGUAUUGAAGAUGAA